GCCAGGCAUAACCCUUUUGGCCUUUGUUUGCAUGGCCUCACAAAAAAAUGGGCAAAAAAAAUACUAUCCACAAUCUAUUUCUGAUAAAAUUAGUGGAUAAGAAUCCCUCUACGCUCGCUUCUUUCACUACAGAACAAAGCCCUUCUUAUUUUUCUCCCCAAUCAAUUGUGUAUUUCUCCAGUUGUGCUGCUCCUACUUGUACAGGCCGUCUCAUAUCAGCCAUGCAACUCCACCCCAUUCUUCAUUCUCCCACCUCCUAGCUUCUGCCCAAUCCAACAGGAAGGAAGAUGGCUAGAUGCCAAGAUGGAACAAUCACAAGCAGCAAACUGGUUGAAGUUUCUCCCAUUGUGGUAAUACAUACAUUCUUGUUAAUUUUCCUUCUUAAGUUAAAACCAUUCAUGAUUUGGAUCUGUUGGUUGUUAAAUUCUUCUGGAGCAUAAGCAGUUGAAUUCAUUUCUGUGGCGACCAAUCUAGAGUGGUUCUGCUUUAAGUUCUGGUGCAUUGUUACUUUACUGUGAGCAACAAGAAGAAAGGCCUUGACCUUGCUUAUUGAUGUCUUGUUUAUCUUAGACAUGAGAUAGUGCCCUUUUCUUUCUCUUUUCAGUUGGGGUGACAGUCUGACGAAAAAGCUUGUGACUCAUUAUGAACUCACAGGACCGAUUUCGCCCAAUCUCCUCGAAUUCACGAGUGCAAUCAUCCUGCCCAUUCUGUACAGGCAAGAAUGAUAGUUGCCAGAUAGUCCGGUCAAGAACAAAGUUAAUGAAUAUUAUGAUCAAAAGAAGGAAGCCCAAAGAAGCGGAAUCUAUAUUCGAUGGUCUAAUGGAAGAUGGCCACAAGCCAACCCUUCUAACCUACACCACUCUAGUUGCUGCAUUGACUCGUCAAAGGCGUUUCAAGUCCAUCCUGUCUUUGAUCUCCAAAGUUGAAGAAAAUGGGAUGAAACCUGAUUCCAUACUCUUCAAUUCGAUCAUCAAUGCGUUUUCUGAAUCUGGAAAUGUGAAGGAUGCAAUGGGAAUUUUCCAGAAGAUGAAGAUCAGUGGAUGUAAGCCUACCACCAGCACUGUCAAUACUCUCAUCAAAGCAUAUGGGAAUGCUGGUCAACCCGAACAAGCUUCAGAAUUGUUGGAGUCAUUGUUGAAGGAAGAAGACGUGAAGCCAAAUGAGAGGACAUACAAUAUCCUAGUAAGAGCUUGGUGUAACAAGAGAAACAUUGAUGAAGCUUGGAACGUGGUAGACAAGAUGGUGGCAUUCGGAUUGAAGCCAGACGCUGUCACAUUUAACAUACUAGCUAGGGCUUAUGCUGAGAUAAGCAUGACGAGCAGGGCGGAAGACUUAUUGUCCGAGAUGCAGAGAAAUGGAUUGGCGCCAAAUGAGCGAACUUGUGGCAUCAUUGUGAAUGGAUACUGCAACGAAGGAAAUAUGGUGGAAGCCUCAAGGUUUGUGUACAGAAUGGAGAAGCUUGGAGUGCAUCCCAAUCUCAUCGUUUUCAAUUGUCUCAUUAAAGGCUUUGUAGAUAACCUGGACAAGGAUGGAGUUGAAGAGGUAAGUUUCUAUACUGAGAAAUGUUACAAUUGCUAUGGCAUUGUGUAUAAGAGCUCCAACCAGCUUCAUUUCUUUGUCGGGUUAAUCGUCACUGAACUUUAGGGUCACUGAUAUAUCACUCUAACAUUUUGUUAGUAUUGAACUUGUCAUUGAAGUAAGUGUGAAUUCGUGAAUAACUGGAAAAACACAACAUAGGGGUAAGGAGAGAGAGUGAUUUAGUUGGUUUGAGGUAAUCGGUUUUGGAACUGGAUUGAAUAUGAAUUGAAAAGGAUUAUCAUGUUAGCUAAUGAGAGUUUCUGUAGACAUUUUUUUGUAAUUACUUAUAUGAUUUGGCUUGCUUAUCCGGAAUUUUUUGUUAAAAACUUUUCAUGGAAAUGGAUGAAGUGACUACUAUAGUUAUUUUAAUUUUCAACGACAAAAAUUACUAUAUUACAGGCACUUGAUGCUAUGGAGGACUACGGAAUCAAGCCUGACGUGGUGACAUUUAGCACGAUAAUGGAUGCAUGGGGAUCUGCAGGUAUCAUGGACCAGUGCCUAGAGAUCUUCAAUGAUAUGUUGAAAGCUGGUAUAGAACCAGACAUCCAUGCAUUCAGCAUCCUCGCGAAAGGUUACGUGCGAGCUGGGGAACCAGAGAAGGCUCAGUCGGUUCUGGCAUCCAUGGGACACUACAGCGUGCGCCCGAACGUAGUAAUAUGCACAACCAUUAUUAGCGGCUGGUGCAGUGCUGGAGAAAUGGACACUGCAAUGGAAGUCUACAAGAGGAUGUGCGAGAUAGGGAUUUCGCCGAAUUUGAAAACGUUCGAGACUCUGAUAUGGGGAUAUGGAGAAGCCAGACAGCCGUGGAAAGCACAGGAGUUGCUGCAAGUCAUGGAGGAGAAACGAGUAUCUCCAGGGAAGAGCACUAUGCAACUCAUUUCAGAUGCCUGGCUAGCCGUUGGUUUAACAAGUGAAGGCAAGAGCAUAGUGGCUGAAGGAGGAGGAGAUGAAGCUGCAAAUUCUAAGGUUGCUGUAGAUACAAGAGAGGAGGAGAUGCCGAAAGACCCAGAUCUCUCGGCCUCUUAUUCCAAGGUGUUGGAGGUGCCUGGAGAUGUUCUGAAAGGUCCAAAUGGAUCAUCAUCUCCCGUUGUCAAGAUGAGAAGCCAGAUGAUUCUGAAGGACCCCAGGUCUUCAUCAGAGGCCUUAUCGCCUAGUUUGAAAUCGAUGUUCUUUUUUCGCGCAUCAGGUUUUGGAAUGCAGCCGCGAGUUAUUUGUAGAAGGCAGGAGCAAAGCCUUUCUUGCAUUCGUGGGAAGUUCACGAGAUCGUGUGGCAUCUUGUCCAUUGCAUGAAGGCUGAACUCAUGUUAGGUGCUUGUGCUGGCAAGGUGUAGAAGAACAGUGCCGGUUGAAAUGAACUUUCAGAAGUGCUUCCUGAAGUUGUAGAUAUACAUUUGUUCUUGUACUGAACCACAGUGCUUAGCUUCCUAUGCCAUUGACUACAAAUGUAGUGUUUUUUAUAGGUAACAAUGCAUUCGAAUAUUUCCUCGAAUGGCCUUGAGGCUAUAUCUGGAUGGGUAGACAUGUUCAUAAAAACUAUAAUGUACUUUUCAUGUACUGAUAUAAAUUUGUGUACUGAUAUGACCAAAAGUCACGUUCAUGUAUCGGAAUGACCAAAUCAUGAAAAUUCAAGGGUCAAAUUGAUCGAUCAAAGAGUUCUUCCACCGCUUCGCUCCUUUCUCCUUCACCUCCUUCAAGAGGCAAAAGCCAUCCAUAAAUUUGAUUGGCAGCCGAUACUAUAACCUGUUCUCCGGUGCUACAGCAAAC